AUGACAGAAAAAUUAACUUUUUACAUAGCGCCAGACCCUUCUUGCCCACAUCCUUUUAAGCCACAAUAUAUAUACAUAGAACUAAAUAGAGAAAGCGAAAUUCCACAAUAUAUAUACAUAGAACUAAAUAGUGAAGGCGAAAUUCCACAAUAUAUAUACAUAGAACUAAAUAGUGAAGGCGAAAUUCUACAAACAGAAGAAAGCGAAAUUCCACAAACAUAUAGAGACCUAGAUAACGAAAAUGGAUAUGCGCUAUUCUGGUUAGAUUGUCCUUAUAAAAUGUAUGAAAAAAAGGCUUUAUAUGAAGAAUAUAGAAAAUAUUGUCAUGAAAACGAUAUAAGACCAAGCUCUAGAGAAAAAUUCUAUGCUGGUAUAAAACAUCUUUUCGAAGUUCGGAAUGGCAAAUAUAUAAAGAAAUAA